AUGUUCUUGAUCCCUGCGAGGAUAUAAACUGAUUGUAAAGCAGUAAGACAUUUAACAUGAGUUAUACUCUAACCUUCCAGCAGAUGGCGCUAACAGAGCAGGAGAUAGUUAGGCAUGCGCUGUUUAGAUUUCCAGCGAAGAAGAAGACCGGAAACAGAAUGUUCGGCGUUGUGAUGUAAACAUCAAAUUUACCGACUGAUAAUACAAAAAUGUCGAUAGUGUUUGUACCAAAGAAACUUCGAGGCAAUGCGAAAAUUAACCAGGAAACAAUACAGAGGCUGCUGGACGAAAACGACCAGCUGAUCAGAUGCAUCGCUGAGUACAUGCAGAAAGGACGAGCAGUGGAGUGCGUUCAAUACCAACAAAUCCUGCACCGCAACAUCGUCUACCUGGCGACCAUAGCGGAUGCCAGUCCCGACGAUAGUCCGUCUUCAUCGGAUGGUUUAUCCAACACACCUGCUGUGAAUGGACACGAAGGGACGCCGUGAAUGUUUGUUUCAAAURAUCUCCGUUAAUUUAUCACAUUCCCACUUCAUAUUUUGAUCAGAUACUUGUGUGAAGUUUUGUAAACAUUUUUUUCUGCACAGCAAUCUACUUCAAAUAAAUAUUAUAUUUUAAACA